AUGGAAUUCCUUCAUUUUCUCCACAUACAACUGUUCAUCCUUUCAAGUGAAGGUGGGGUAAUUUUGUAUGAAGAUUGUUUAAAAUUUCUUCUCACCCGAUCUUAUGAUGGUUAUGUGGUUUCAAUUGUUUGGAAUCAUUUGUUUCAGAACAGGUUAUUUGUGGAAGAUAUUAAAGAUUCUCCAUGCUUGCGUGGUGCUAUAUCCCGAGCUGGCAUAUCCACUGCUAGACAGCAAUUUGUUACCGAUGGAAAGCUCAUGAACCGAGUAUUUGCACCUUAUACUGUUUACAAGGGCAAAGCUGCACUUUCUGCAUCUCCAAGCCUUCCAACAUUCAGUAAAUUGGAGUCUGGAGGUCUCAAAAUUGAUCGCCGUGGCAGCAUUAUGUUGACAUUCUGGCCUGCUGUUGGUGAGCGCAAAUAUGAUUGGGAGAAGAGGCAGAUGUUUGCUUUGUCGGCGACAGAGGUUGGAUCUAUGUUAAGUUUGGGUUCCAAAGACUCUUGUGAAUUCUUCCAUGACCCUUCAAUGCUAUCCAGGUUGGUCUUCUGUUGUCCUUUUUGUACUCUUAAUGCUGGUCAAGUGAGGAAAAGCCUAUCAAUAAAACCACUUGUUGACGGCAGUGGUUAUUUUGUUUCUUUGAGUAAGUGCUCUUUUGUUGAUAAUGUUUUGGACUUCCAAAAACAUAACUGCAGAAUGGAUGUUGUCAACAAUAUCCUAAAAACCAAUGAACGUUUUACAGUUCCUGUCACUGCUGCUGAGUUUGCUGUGAUGCGCACGGCUUUCAGUGUAUGA